AAUACAGACAUCGGAAAGCAGGAUUCUUUACAGGAGAGGCUAUCUCACCUGCAGAGUGAAAAUAAGUUGCUUCAAUAUCAACUGUAUCAGGCUCACAACAUUUCUGACAGGAAAGGAAAGACAGUCAUUAGAAUCCAAGGUCAGUUUGUGGAUACCAUAAAAAUAUUUCAAGCCAACAGUGAAAAGCAAGGUCUUAUGCUGAAUGAAACAUGUACGGAAUUAGUCAACGAAUGCCAUCUUUUAAAAGAAAGCAUACAUCAGUAUGAAAAUGAUAAAGCAGAAAGAGAUGCAGUUGUGAGACAACUUCAAGGAGAACUGGCUGAUACCCAAAGAAAACUGAGACAACUUCAAGGAGAACUGGCUGAUACCCAAAGAAAAUUGAGACAACUUCAAGGAGAACUGGCUGAUACCCAAAGAAAACUAUCUAUGACAGAGGCUUUACUGAAGGCUGAAUCACAUCAUCGUAUGUGUUCACAACAUAAAAUACAAGAGCUGCAGAAGGAAUUAGAUGAAAGCAGAAGUCAAUUUCAGCAUGAAAAGGAAGAAUCAAAGAAAUACAUUGAUUUAACCAUAUGUCUGCAACAGAGCUUGAAUAAAGUAAUGAAGCAAAAGAGUGAUCUAGAAAAAUCGAUGACAAG